AUGCGUGGUAAACCAAGUGAUUUUGGCUUAAUAUCCCCUCAAACUUACAUGCACAAACUAAUAUCUCACACCAAGACUGGGGAGAACUUGAAGCUAGAGCCACAGUCCGGCAGUAUGCUCCCUCUGGUGAUUUUCUCCUGCUUCCUGCCAGUGGAGAGAAUGGCUGAUAGGAACCAACUCUCCAAGCUCCAGGAGAAGUUAGGCCUCCACAGUCUCACCAUGAGGCGUGAGGGUCUCGUCACCAAGGUAGUUCCCAAGAUGACCAUGUUCUAUAAACAACUCAGGGAGAAAGCUACUACAAUCACAGGGGAUUUUGGUCUCUUAGAAGAGGAAUGGGUAGGUGAACUCGGGGGUAACCUGGUGGUGAAGGCCCUCCCCGCCGCCCGCAGCAAGCCGCUCCGGUGUGUGCGCCGCGCUCUCGGUGGAAGACACCUGCGCUUCCUUCCCCACCCUUCUCCGCCCCUUUCGCUGCGGUUUCUCACCGCCUUUGGGAGCUCGGGAGCGCCUGCUGGAGGAGGAGCAGGGGGAGGAGGCGGAGGGCGAGGAGUAGGGGCGGGGUGGGUGGGGAGAGAGCCGGGAGGGUGUGGACUGGCAGCCACUCUGCAGCUGGUCGCCGGGGACGGGGUUCCUCCCGCGCGCCCGAGUGAUGGAGGGGAAGAGAUUUGCUUAGACACACACACGCGCACACAGCUGGGCACGUCUCCGGGAGGCAGCUGCCGGCUCGGGCGCGCCGGGGGCCGGGCGGCGGCCGUGACAGCGCCAGCCGCGGGGAGCGGGGCUCCCGCACCGCUUGGCACCGGCGGCUCCGAGAUCCAGGAAGGGAAGAUCCCAGCUGCACUGACUGUUGCUCUUUUGGGCAGAUCCGGAGGAAGCAGGCUACCCCAGGAGCUGUCACAGAGGACACCGGAGGCUCUCCCCUCGGCGCUCGGAGUCCGGGGCCGCGCCGGCGCCCGCGUGGGGCGAGGAGGAUGCGCACCGCCUCCCGCAGAGCCGCUGCGGGCCCGGGCACUGCGUGGACUCGGGCUCCGGCGGCUGCCCGUGCCGUGCCUGCGCCGCGGGAGCGCGCCCUGCCGCACCUGGUUCCAGCUUCCCGGGGAAGUGCAGGCAACGCGCCCUAAACUCCACUACUUCUCGCCCGCUUCCUCCCCCUUCCGGCUCCCCGCCUGGGACCUCGCCGCCGCCGCCUGCGUGUGGGGCCCGCCCGCCUCUUACUCUCACGCGCGCACGCACAGCGCGGUCGCUCGCUCCCUUUCACGCCGACUGGCUCACGGCGGAGCCGGAGCCCGGGCUUCCGAAACUACUGGACCCACUGACGCCGGGACUGAGGGAGCCGACCCCCGGCCCGGCGCGCCCCGGCGCCCGCGCCCGCCGCCGCCGCGCCCCGGACGGAGAGAUAAUCAGGUGCCCAGAGGCUCCGGUAUUGGUGUCUUACCUUCUCCAUGGCGUUUCUGGUGUCUUCUUCUGGGGUCUCGUUGGCCAACCUUGAAAUACGUGGAAAUUAGAGAAUCCACUGCAUAUAGUCUUCUUGGAAAUUUCCAUCGUAUCUGCUCAGAACUUUCUGAAUAAACAUACAGAUUUGAAGGUGCUAACAAGCAGGGAACAAGCCAAAAGGACCGGAGGUAGGUGAGAAGAGGCCAUGGAACAUCCACCGAGCAGAUAAUCC